AUGCUCACUGUAACUUCUUCCAAGUUUGUUCAUGCUCUAUUAUUGUACCUAACCUUGGGUGCCUUUCUUAUUCAAUUCGGAGCCUGUUUGGCUCUCAACCAUUUGCCUGGAGAUGCCCCCAAUCGUCUCUCCAAGCGAGCUGACGAUGCGUACUCUCUCGGAGUUGGCAAGGCCGACAUCACUGGCCCUGUAGUCGAGUUGAACCUAAUGGGAUAUGCCGAGCUAUCCCAGACAGGAACUGGCUUACGCCAACGACUCUACUCACGUGCCUUCAUUAUCGGAAACCCAGACAAACCGAAAGAAAGAUUUGUUUACUUGGUUCUUGAUGCCCAGUCCGGUGACACGGCCAUUCGAAGAGGCAUUCUUGAGGGAAUUACAGCUCUUGGAUCUGACUAUGCUGUCUACACAACCGAUAAUGUGGCCAUUACUGGAACGCACUCUCAUGCUGGGCCAGCAGGUUGGAACAACUAUCUCAUGCCUCAGAUAUCUGCCUUGGGUCUGAACCAGCAGUCCUAUCAAGCUAUCGUCGAUGGUGCGGUUUUGUCAAUCAAGCGAGCGCAUGAAAAUAUCUCCAAAGGACGUCUGAGUGUUGGCAAGAUUCGCAUAGACGAUGUCAAUAUUAACAGAAGUCUAUAUGCCUAUCAACAGAACCCAGCGUCCGAGAGGCAGAAAUACAAAGACGAGGUUGAUAAAGAGUUAACUAUGCUUAUGUUUACUCGAGAAGAAGACAAGAAAAUCACUGGAGUUUUGACCUGGCACUCGGUUCAUGGCACGAGUCUUCACAUGAACAACACUCUUGUCUCGGGCGACAAUAAAGGCGUCAGUGCCUAUCUUCUCGAAAAAGCCGUGCAGGGCACCGAAGGAGCUACAGAUGAUUUCGUCGCAGGAUUCUCACAGGCUGCUGUGGCAGAUACAACUCCCAACGUUGAAGGUGCUUGGUGUGAAGAUGGUUCAGGAAAGCAAUGCGACUUUAAGGAUUCAACAUGUGGUGGCAAAACAGAAACCUGUCACGGUCGAGGUCCCUUUUGGGGAUUAGAUGAUGGCGGUACUAAAUCUUGCUGGGAGAUUGGCCGACGAGUAUUUGAUCAAGCAAUCAAACUCUACGAUCAGAUGAAAGAUGGUAAUGGUGAUACAGUAUCUGGAAGCAAUGUUUUGGGUUACCACUCAUUCCACGACAUGUCCGACUACACUUUCAUACUCCCAAAUGGAAAGUCAGCCAAAACAUGUUCAGCAGCUUUUGGUUAUUCAUUCGCAGCUGGAACAACUGACGGUCCUGGGUACUUUGACUUUAAGCAGGGAGACUCUGGAUCUCCGGAUGCUAGCCCACUCUGGGCCAUAGUAUCCAAGUUUCUACGCAACCCCAGCAAAGAACAAACCGCAUGCCAAUCACCAAAGCCGAUUCUCAUCGACGCUGGCGAGAUCACUUUACCUUAUGCCUGGGCCCCCAACAUCGUUGACGUUCAGAUGUUGCGUGUUGGUAACUUCUUCAUCAUUGUAUCUGCUCCUGAACUCACAACCAUGUCCUCACGACGUUGGCGCGAGAGUAUCAGCAACGAGAUACAAGGUAGAGGUAGCCUCGGAGAUGGAGUCAAACCUGUUGUUGUAGCUGGUGGGCCCGGUAAUACCUAUGCUCAUUAUGUCACUACGCCUGAAGAAUAUGAUGCACAGCGUUAUGAAGGUGCAUCUACAGUCCACGGAAGACACAGUCUCGAUGCUUACAUCAACUUGACAUCAACAUAUCUCAGCUAUCUGCUCGGGGAAGAUGGUGCAAAAAAGCCACCAACUGGUCCAGCAGCCCCGGAUAACCGCAAGAACUCGCUCUCUCUCGUCACAGGAGUUGUCUACGAUAACCCCAAGGCCGGCACAAAAUUCGGCGACAUCAUAAAGGACGUAGCAAAGUCAAAGUUCAAGAUUGGAGAGACUAUCACUGCUACAUUCGUGGCAGCCAAUCCACGCAACAACUUGCACCUCGAAACUACUUAUGCAGCCGUUGAGAAAAAGGAUGGAUCCAAGUGGACUCAGGUUCGAUCGGAUGAAGACUGGGAUCUUGUCUUUGAAUGGAAGAGACUUGAUGGUCUGCUUGGAUCUAGUGAAGUUCAGAUUUCUUGGGAAACAGGUUGGAAGGAUGCCAAAGAUGUCCAAGCUGGAACUUAUAGGUUGAGUUAUGCUGGGGAUAGCAAGCAGCCUCUUACUGGUAGAAUUACUGGGUUUACUGGCAAGAGUGGUGAAUUUGAAAUCGCCUAG